GCGUCAACCUCUACUCAUCCAUACUAUUAGCGACAACUUCAAUCGCGCUUGCAUGCGCGCCCAGGCCAACAUCCUUCUAGACAGCAGCAGCAGCAGCAGCAUCCGAGUUUGAUCCUCUGUCAGAGUCAAGUCUACACCUGCCCACGCAGGUCUCGCCAUCUGCGAUCUAGCAAGUCAUAGGCACCUCCCAGGACAUCUUGUUCGCCAUCAGCACCUUGUGCAGAUCAGGCAUCCACGUGGCGCCGACGGUCCGCCCAGCGACUGCUUGACAUACGCCGACUGGAAGCUCAACGUGUUCUUCGGCACGCACUCCCUCCAGCAUACUUGGCCAUAACAUCCCCGUCCAUCGCGGAAACUAUUUAUCACAAGACGUUCUGGCUUCAAUCAGCUACCACCACCCACCUUCAGUAGACUGAAGCAUACUUGCGCCCAGACUGCUUGCCCGUUACCGCCAACAACCGCACUCUUCACAGCACAAGCAAGAAAGCUCUCCGACCAUGGCAAGCUUCUUCGAGCAACUUUGGGAGUCAAUCUUCACCCCCGGCCCAACCCCAACUCUCCUGCUUGCCACAAAUGCCACGUUCGCCUGCCUACAGGUCGUUCUCUUUGUGCUGCUCAUCGCCACGUCCAGCAUACACUUCAUCAUCCUCUCUUUCCUGUGCGGUGGCUUGUGGUGGUCUAUCAACUGGUUCGCGACUGAGCUCAAGGCCGCCCAGCUGAAGGAGGAACAAGAAAAGGCGCUCGCUGAACGGGAGGCACGGCGCGCCACUGAUGACAGCGACACCGAGGUAGAGGCGCUCACCAAGAUCGCCAAAACCAAGAAGGUUUCUGGGAGCCAUGAGGUCGAGGUCGCAGAGCAGAUCGGCGAGCUCAAGCACCGUGGCGAGUCGGGCGCCGGAACAAAGUCGGGAGUGAGCACCGAGGACGAGUGGGAGAAGGUCUCGGAGAAUGAGUCUGAAAAGACACGAUAGGUUUGAUCGAAGCCUCUCGAGAACUGGGGCCCAGACAUCCACUCGUCGCCGUUUGAGGCGGUUCUUGGGAUGCCAUCGACACACAUCCCAGUAAGACUUUCCUAGCGACGAUAUACACUGGUGACUAUCCAGAAACAUACAAGCACAUACAUCCGGAUCUAUAUACAUACAUCUCUUACAUCAGGGUCCAUGAGCGUAAGGCGUUAUUGAUGAUGCUUGCUUGGCUGUCCGCGAGAGCCGAUUGUGGUGAGACUCCAUGCACGUGCUGGACUAAACUGCUGCCAUUUUAAAAUACAAAGCAUUUUGCUGAAAUAACC